CGGAGGGAAGGAGACAGACAGGAGUGGGGCUGGUGGGCGUAUCGCCUCCCGGGAAAAACCGCCGCACAGUGUGAAAGUAACUGCAGGAGGGAGUGCUCAUCGUAGCGGAUCAGAGCGGGUUUUUAAAAUGAGCUAAAGGACGUUAAAUGUGGGGUUUUCUUUCGUUGCGAAAUUUGUUUCUCCUUCCAUCUGAAGCUCGCCUUAUUGUUUGACCUAUAACGCCUCGUCGACCAUCCUCCGGCUGCCCGCGGUGUGGUCCUGUGUUUUUCCUCGCAGACAACAACGCCGAGAGCAGAGAGAGGUCAAGACAAAGUCACUUGUGUAGAGGAAAAAGGGGAGCAGCGGUUUCACUGAGCUAUGUGAUUUUAUAGUUUCUGUUUUUAGGGGGUGGAGAGAAGAGUUACAAAUUCGUGCACCUAUUUUGUUUAUUUAUUUAUUUUUACCUGUGGAAGACCUUGGGACGGAUAACACCUACCCACCAUUACCCUGACAGGAUUUUUGUUUCAGGCGUCUACUGAUGAAACACGAAGAGCUGCGAAGGAGUAAGAUUGGACCUUCGGACAGCAGAGGCAGCUGCUGAAUGGGGAAGCGGAGAUCACCCAUAGGGGAGACCGGCAAAGGAGUCCAGCGUGGUUUCCUUUACUACACAUCGCUUUUCCUCCACUCUUUAGACACGGGAACCCAGCGAUACUAACCUCCAGCGUUUGUGUGUUUUCCUUCAAAUGACCGAUUAACGGAGUCUAAACAGAAACAGGGGGGAGCUCGUAUGGAGUCCAAAUGAGCGCUUAACGCAGCGGUGCGCCGGUUUAACGGCGUUUCCCCCCUCUCUCUUACAGUCCUGUCCCAGCGGAUCACUAGCGGACAGUGGAUAGCUGUAGGUUAUAGACUGCGACCGGCCUUGCACCCGUAAAGGGCUUUUGAUGCAAACUCAACGGGAACUAAAUUGAAACGCUAGGCUUGCCCCGUCUCCCCUCCAGCAGCCCCGCAGCGCGGUUAGCCUUGCGCGGUGUCAGACAACAACAUAAAAAAGUGGAUAUAUUUUCUUAUUGGGCUUGAAAAUUAUUCAGAUCAGAAAGGGGAUUAUUUAGUAUUUUCUUUCGAGUUCUUCACCUGGCUUGAAAAGGGAGCAAAUAACCAGAGGAGACAUAGCCUCAACAACAGGAGGAGAGGCAGACGCGCAGGUCUGUGGAUUCAGCUUGCUGUUCUGUCUUGCUUUUCUGUCCAUCUACCUGCCACCUCAGUUUAUCUUCAUGUUGAGUCUUAAAACACAGACCACCAGAUAGAGUUACCCUGUUGCCAGUGGAGGAUAAUGGAACGGCUGUGGUUCUCUUUGCUGUUGCUGGCAGCAGCAUGCAGGGGACAGCCGUGUCCGAAACGCUGCAUGUGCCAGAGCCUUUCCCCAUCUCUCGCUAUCCUCUGCUCCAAGACGGGCUUGUUGUUUGUUCCUGCUGCCAUCGAUCGACGCACUGUGGAGCUACGGCUUCAGGAGAACUUUAUUACAGCUGUCAGAAGAAAGGACUUUGCCAACAUGACCAGCUUGUUGCAUCUAACCCUGUCCAGAAACACCAUCAGCCAGAUUCUUCCUUCUGCUUUUAGUGACCUGCGACGCCUGAGAGCGCUCCACCUAGACUCUAAUAGAUUAACUGUGAUCAAGGAUGACCAUUUUAAAGGUCUGACCAACCUUCGGCAUCUGAUCCUGGCCAAUAACCAGCUUCACUCUAUAUCUCCCCAUGCCUUUGAUGACUUUCUGUCCACACUGGAGGACCUGGACCUUAGUUACAAUAACCUUGCCCAGGUGCCCUGGGACACAAUUGGACGCCUAACCAAUGUCAACACCCUAAAUAUGGAUCAUAACCUCAUAGAAAAUGUUCCCCAGGGAGUAUUCACCAACCUGCACAAACUGGCAAGGUUAGACAUGACGUCGAACAAGCUAAAGAAAAUCCCCCCAGACCCAUUGUUCCUGAGAAUCCCAGUUUAUGCCAAGUCCAAAGGCUCCCCCCUCUCCUCUCUUGUGUUGAGUUUUGGAGGUAACCCUCUUCACUGUAACUGUGAACUUCUGUGGUUGAGGAGACUAACCAGAGAAGAUGAUCUGGAAACGUGUGCCUCUCCCCCAGACCUUAGUGCCAAGUAUUUCUGGACUAUACCGGAAGAGGAGUUUAUUUGUGACCCACCAGUUCUAACACGAAAGUCACCUCAUACUGUGGCUAUGGAAGGUCAACCUGCCAGUCUGAAGUGCAAAGCAAAUGGUGACCCUGAGCCUGAAGUCCACUGGAUCAGCCCUGAAGGGCGACUCAUAUCCAAUGGAUCCAGAACAUUAGUCUUCCCUAAUGGAAGCCUAGAGAUCAAUGUAACAUCCCUAAAGGAUUCAGGAAACUUCACCUGCAUUGCCUCAAACACGGCAGGUGAAUCCACGGGAAGGGUGGAGCUAGUCGUCACAGCAAUGCCCCAUCUGGCAAACAGCACAAGCCGCAGUCGAGAUCCUUCUUCUGAACCGGCCCCUUCUGACAUCCUGACCUCCUCCAAGGUUGCACUUCCCAACAACGAAACAAGAGGAGCAGACAGGAGGGUUUCAUUGGUGGAGCUGACAGGAAACUCUGCCCUCAUUAGAUGGAGCAGUCAAACCCCUACAUCUGGAGUCAGGAUGUUCCAAGUCCAGUACAACAGCUCUGGGGACGACACACUCGUUUACAGAAUGAUUCCAUCCAGCAGCAACGACUUCCUGGUGCGGGACCUCGCUGCUGGACGUAGCUAUGAUCUUUGUGUCCUGGCCGUGUUUGAUGACGUCAUCACAUCGCUGACUGCAACUCGUCCUUUGGGCUGUCUGUCAUUUACCACAGACACAGAGUUCAGCCAGUGCCAAGCAUUGCACAGCCACUUCUUGGGUGGUACUAUGAUCAUCAUCAUUGGAGGGAUUAUUGUUGCUUCUGUGCUUGUUUUUAUUAUCAUCUUAAUGAUACGAUACAAGGUUUACAGCCACCAAGGCACAGGCCAUGGAAAAGCAGCCAUCACUGCGACUGCGCCAAGACCGCAGAGCAAUGGACAAGGAGGCAGUCAGGUCCAAGUCCUUCCUCGCUCUGCCUCAAAGAUGACUGACAGUCAUGACGACCAAGUCCUCGGACCAUCCAGGGCAAUGUCGCCUAGCAACACUCUGCGAGACACUGUCACGUUGGUCGAGGAGGAGAGCAGUGGACAGAGCCUAAUGACAAGGACUGACUCGUCAGCAAACGAGGAGUUGCUCUCACCCACGAAGUCCCGCUUCUCCUCCAGGGUCGCCAUUGAGAUGAAAAUUCGACCGCCAUCUGUUGCCAAAGAGCCCACCUCUCCCAAAGAACUGGCAGAGCCCUGAUGUUGUUGUGUGAAGACUGGACGCUGCCCACUGGGAAAAGCUGGUGAAACCACCUGAAGAAUAAAGGCCCUAUAGCUUAUGUUCCUGUAUCUCCUGUUCACUGUACCCAUUAAUUUGUCGCCAUGAAUAUCACAGGGUUAUAGACCUGUAGUCUUCGGUUGACAUUCGAGUGCUUCUCCUGGUUCUCAUUUCUGGAUUGGACAACUGUGUCAAGGCCUGGUGCCUGCUUGGCUGCUGAUUGGCCAGCUGGUGCAAGAUCUGGCUGUCAGUGUGACAUACCAAUCAGUUUUCAUGGAGGAGAUUUGUUUUUACUUUAUAGCCUCUGCACCAGUGUUGAAGCGGAGACGUAUAAAGGGGCAUAUGGAUAUGUUUCAACAUAAGAAUGGACAAAGACUUCAACAUGCAUGGACAGAAAAGGCCGAACAGUGAGCAAGCAAGAUGAAUGCAUAGACAAUCACAUUCAGCCUAGGAAUACAAUGUGUUAGACUGCAUAAACAGGUAAAAAAAGAGUUUAAAAAAGCUUCUGGAUGGGUCUGUUUUGGGCAUGAACAUAUACAGCUUUCUUGGCUCAAGGUGGCUUGCCAGUGUUUAUCCCCGUGGAAUAAAAUAAUUCAAUUAAAUUGAACCAAGCAAAACUGUUCCUGGGCUAAACUGGAGAUGGACAUUAACUCACCAGACCCUGAUUUUUUUUUUUUUUAAAUAAAAAUGUUACCCUUGGAAAAAACAGUACAUAGUAAAACUUGAACUGAAUUGAAAAACCUGGACCCAACAGGACCUUAACUAGAACUGUACAGUGAUCAGAGUUCUGAUACUGAUUAAACUGUACCAGAUUACCAAGGACUGGUUUGGGUCUAGUGUGUGUAUUCUGCAGCUCUGGCCUCUAUGUCUUCUGCUUUCCACUGGACAGGUGAGGACCUGAUGAACCCUUACCAACCUCCCUUACAUCUCUCCUCGCCCCCUUAAACAGACCCAGUGACCAGAAGGAAAGCCCCAUGUCUGAAGUCCAGAAAGACAAAUUAAUGGUUAAGAGAAAACAAGCCAAGUAGCAGGGUUCCAAAUCAUGAGUCAUUAUUGAUAUCAUCCAAGAUUUUUAUCCGAAACAUCAUCAACCUUAACCUUCAUCACAGAAUAAGUUUACAAGAAAAAGAGUUCUGCACUACAAAUCAGAAUAGUUUAAUGUGAAGAAAAAUGCUGUACGACUGUAUAUUACUGCACAACUUACAUUGCUAAUAGGUCAGCUGUUAUCAUCUAGGCCUUGCACAUCUCCAUUAUCUCUUUCCUUAUUACCACAGUGGAGUGCAUUUACGUGCACACGGCAUGAGCGAUAACAGGCCACAUCUCACCUAUUGUUCUAUCUGUGAGGAGUUGCAUCUUCGUGUGUCUGGCAGAUAUCCCUUUAUAUUAAUCAUCAGAAUAUUCCAAGUGCUUGUUACUAGCAUCUCCCUUACCAUUUUCGUGCUUUGACUCUGGUUUGUGUAAAAGGGAUAUGUGAUAUAUACGGCAUCACGGAUAUGCAUUAUUCAUAUCUGUGCAUGGAAUUGCACUCCCAGCCAUUCCAUAAUGAUUAUCGUCAUGAUUACAGCUCCCUGCAGAUCGGUAGAAGACCAGGAACUUGAUGGAGACCCUCAAAACUUUUGACCUAUUCCAGAAGCAACACACGCCCACGCCCCACCCAAAAAAAUAAAAACACAUUGUCUUCACUUUUUCCCUUCCUGUAUUCCUCUCACUUUUUUCUUUGGGCUUUAUCUUUUGUAUGUGUACAUAAAGCAAUUUCAAAUCUUAUAGUUUUGUACAUGUAAUUUUUAUGGUGUGUGGAUAUUUUCUAAUAAAAUUAAACAAAAAUGGAUGACCUUC